AUGGGAAGCGACAAUCAUCCUCAAAAGAAGGCGGAUGAUACGCUAUUUGACAUCGACUUCGUGAGUCCCGAACCUAUGAACAGCGCCCCUACGACCAAACCAUUCAGAGUCACAGAUGAUGAGAGUAUAUCCAACAUCAAUCGAGACCAUGUUAUGCCGGAAGAGACAAUUAAUUUUGACAAAAGUGACAACAUUAUAAAUGAUGAAAACCCAUUUAACGAUCAGCGCACUGUUGAUUGGGAUACAAACCAUCUGGAUGUCCAUGAACCAGACUUUUCGAGCACUCAUAAAAAUGGAUUCUUUUCAAGAUUGUUUGGUAGAAAGUCUGCAUCUGUAUCCCAGAACAAUACUUACAAUUCCGUGACUACUUCAGACUUUGAUGAUAGUUAUACCAAUUCUAGGGAUCAAUUUAAUAUCAAAAUUUUAUUCAAUAAAUAUAUUCUCAGGAAAAAUAUUUCAGAUUCCAUUGAUGCAACAAAACCAAGAAUUAUUAACAUGAAUGACAGACAAUCAAAUGGUGAAUUUUCCUAUUGCGAUAAUCAUAUUUCAACAACCAAGUAUAAUGUCGCUACUUUCCUUCCAAAAUUUUUAUUUCAGGAGUUCUCAAAGUACGCCAACUUAUUCUUUCUAUGCACUUCUGCAAUUCAACAAGUUCCAAAUGUUUCACCAACUAACAGAUAUACAACAAUCCUUACUUUAAUGUGCGUGUUAAUUGUCUCCGCAAUGAAAGAAAUCAUUGAAGAUACCAAGAGAGCCACUUCAGAUAAAGAGUUGAACAAUUCAAGUGUCGAGAUUUAUAAUGAUGGUGAAUUUAUUAAAAAAAGAUGGAUUGACAUUAAAGUAGGUGAUAUUAUAAAAGUAAAUUCCGAAGAAGCAAUUCCCGCAGACCUGAUUAUCCUGUCGUCAUCUGAACCGGAGGGGCUAUGUUACAUAGAGACUGCGAACCUUGAUGGUGAAACCAAUUUGAAAAUAAAACAAUCGAAAACAGAAACAUCAAAUUUUAUUGACUCUAGACAACUAAAAUCUCUAAACGGUAAAAUUCUCUCUGAACAACCAAACUCAAGUUUAUAUACCUACGAAGGUACCAUGGAACUAGGUAACCAAAAAAUCCCACUAUCACCAGAGCAGAUGAUUUUGAGAGGGGCAACCUUGAGAAAUACAGCAUGGAUAACUGGGCUAGUCAUUUUCACUGGCCAUGAAACGAAACUAAUGCGUAAUGCAACUGCUACUCCUAUCAAGAGGACUGCUGUGGAGAGGGUUAUAAAUAUGCAGAUUAUCGCAUUGUUCGGUGUUCUUAUAGUGCUAAUUUUAAUUUCUUCAAUUGGUAACGUCAUUAUGAGUAGUGCCUCAAAAAAUUUAUCUUAUUUGUACCUAGAAGGGACUAGUAAAGUUGGUCUCUUCUUCAAGGAUUUUCUAACUUUCUGGAUUUUGUUUUCUAAUCUAGUCCCUAUUUCAUUAUUUGUCACAGUAGAAUUAAUCAAAUAUUACCAAGCCUUCAUGAUAGGUUCAGAUUUAGAUUUAUACUAUGAAGAAACUGAUACACCAACUGUCGUCCGUACCUCCUCCCUAGUUGAAGAACUUGGACAAAUCGAAUAUAUAUUUAGUGACAAAACUGGUACCCUUACAAGAAACAUCAUGGAAUAUAAAUCAUGCUCUAUUGCAGGUCAUUGUUAUAUCGAAACCAUACCUGAGGAUAGAAAAGCAAGCAUAGAAGAUGGCAUUGAAAUUGGUUAUCGUAGUUUUGAGGAUAUGAAGAAACGUUUACAUGAUGGUAAUGAUGCAGAAGAAGCUCACACGAUCGAUAUGUUUUUGACAUUGUUAGCUAUUUGCCAUACGGUCAUUCCAGAAGACAUUGGUAAUGGACAAAUUAAAUACCAAGCUGCUUCACCGGAUGAAGGAGCCUUGGUUCAAGGGGCUUCUGAUCUUGGUUACAAGUUCAUUAUUAGAAAGCCAAAUUCUGUUACAGUUUUGAUAGAUUCUGGUGAGGAGAAACAAUUCGAAUUACUGAAUAUUUGUGAAUUUAAUUCUACUAGAAAGAGGAUGAGUGCAAUUUUCAGGUUCCCAGAUGGUUCAAUAAAAUUAUUAUGUAAAGGUGCUGAUACUGUCAUAUUAGAAAGACUGGGCCCAAAUAAUACGUAUGUUGAACUGACCACUAGACAUUUGGAAGACUACGCAUCAGAAGGUUUAAGAACAUUAUGCUUAGCGUACCGUGACAUCCCAGAGCAAGAAUAUACUAGUUGGAAAGUAACAUACGACGAAGCUGCUACCACUAUGGAAAAUAGAAGUGACAAACUGGAUGCAGCAGCUGAAUUGAUAGAGAAAGAUUUGACAAUGAUCGGUGCUACGGCAAUUGAGGAUAAACUACAAGACGAGGUUCCUGAUACAAUCCACACACUUCAACAAGCUGGCAUUAAGAUUUGGGUAUUGACUGGUGAUAGGCAAGAAACUGCAAUUAAUAUUGGUAUGAGUUGUCGUCUAUUAGCUGAAGAUAUGAACUUAUUAAUCGUCAAUGAAGAAACAAAAGAAGAUACAAGAAAUAAUUUGAUGGAAAAGAUCAAUGCAUUACAUGAGCAUGAUAUAUCGGAACAUGAAAGAGACACAUUGGCUCUUGUUAUUGAUGGUAAAUCGUUGGGUUUCGCACUUGAACAAGAUCUAGAAGAUUAUCUGCUAUAUGUUGGUAAACUCUGCAAAGCUGUCAUUUGUUGUCGUGUGUCCCCCCUACAGAAAGCAUUGGUGGUGAAGAUGGUCAAAAGAAAAACUUCUUCGCUAUUACUCGCAAUUGGUGACGGUGCAAAUGAUGUUAGCAUGAUCCAAGCUGCUCACGUUGGUGUAGGUAUAAGUGGUAUGGAAGGUAUGCAAGCUGCUCGUUCAGCAGAUAUUGCUAUUGGCCAAUUUAAAUUCUUGAAAAAAUUGUUGAUUGUUCACGGUUCAUGGUCAUAUCAAAGAAUAUCAAUGGCUAUUUUGUACUCAUUUUACAAAAAUACAGCUCUUUAUAUGACACAAUUUUGGUAUGUUUUUGCAAAUGGGUUUUCAGGUCAAUCAAUAAUGGAGUCAUGGACUAUGAGUUUUUAUAAUUUAUUCUUUACAGUCUUACCUCCAUUUGUGAUGGGUGUAUUUGAUCAAUUUGUUAGUAGUAGACUUUUAGAACGUUACCCUCAAUUAUACAAGCUUGGUCAAAAGGGCCAAUUCUUCUCUGUUACUAUUUUUUGGUCUUGGAUUAUCAAUGGUUUUUACCAUUCUGCCGUUGUGUUUAUUGGCACCAUUCUAUUUUACAGAUAUGGAUCUGCCUUGAACAUGCAUGGUGAAGUUGCGGAUCACUGGACUUGGGGUGUUUCCAUUUAUACCACAAGUAUUUUAAUUGUGCUAGGUAAAGCCGCACUAAUCACUAAUCAAUGGACAAAGUUCACCUUUUUAGCAAUUCCAGGGUCAUUUAUAUUUUGGCUGGUUUUCUUCCCAAUAUAUGGUUCUAUUUUUCCAUACGCAAGUAUUUCGAGAGAAUAUUUCGGAGUAGUUCCACAUACCUAUAGAUCGGGUGUCUUUUGGUUGACUUUAUUAGUUUUACCAAUAUUUGCUCUAUUAAGAGACUUUGCAUGGAAAUAUUAUAGAAGAAUGUACGUACCAGAAACAUACCAUCUUGUUCAAGAAAUGCAGAAAUACAACAUCAAUGAUUACAGACCACACAUCCAACAUUUCCAGGAUGCUAUUCGUAAAGUGAGACAGGUACAAAGAAUGAAGAAACAAAGAGGGUUUGCAUUUUCCCAAGCUGAAGAAGGUGGCCAGGAGAAGAUUAUCAGGAUGUAUGAUACUACACUUAAGAGAGGUAAGUUCGGCGAAUUGGCAGAUGCUUCGACCAAUGUGUUUGGCGAUAAUGCAGUCAACAAUGACACAUUGACAGGAAAUUACGAAGUUGUAGAUAAUAUAUCAUUACCAGAUAAUCCAUUUGCAGAUACGACCACUCAGAAAGACCUUUUUGAUAUAUAA